AUUGCCGUUCGUUCGUACGUCACGGCGUACUCAGCUGGGAAGGAACGAACCACCACCCACCACUCGCUUGUCGGACAAUGGCGUGACAGGAGAGAGGGCUCCAGCUCUUUCGUUCAGAUCGUGUGGGACUUCCCGGGAAAGGAGAAAAUGUUUUUGUUUGUUGUUGUUUUUUUUCUUCUAAACGAAACGACAGUUAUUGUGAUUAUUCCAAGGAAUGAAAGCCUUAUAAAACGCUUUCUGUGUAAACAAAUUCUGUUUAGAGUUAAGAGCCUCGACGCUGUAACACGACGUCACCCCAGUCAAGGUAUGCAUGUGUGUUAACGGACCGUUUCAAGGAAGAUUGUUGUGAAACAGUAGACUCUGGCUAGAUCUAGACUAAGUCCGACAUCGUAGCAACAGCCUCUGGAAUUCACCUAAAGUCGGCACACGGGACGUUUCUCAAGAUGGCACUUGUAAAUAUUCUCAUUCUUUAUGUGGUUUGCCUCGCGAGUAUAGCUUCGCCACAUCUGCAAAAACGCGAGAUAUUUGAUUUCGGCCCCAACAGUUUUCCAUCUCAGCCUGCCGAAGAAUCAAACGACCCGUUCGCAGGCGAUCAGAAGGGAGGUUCGACGGCAAGCGUGAACGACCCCGCCAAUGAGAAUUCUGGCAAAGGACAAACAUUUAAUUUUGGCAGUACUACCGCAAAUGAUAACGGCGCCAGCAAUGACAGUAAUAACAACAGUGGCACCAACAACGGAGAUCCUACAGGCGAAAGUUUCAACUUUGGCGGUUCAUUUGACUGGGAUCAAGCCACGGAGGUAGAGACGGAAGACCCUUUUGCUGGCCAAAAUUUGGACUUUUGGAAAAACCCACAAAAAAAAGGGGAUUCCUCGGAACCCAAUAGUCCCAUUCCGGAUCCUGGUGAUACUGGAAACACAGAAGGCGAGGAAGCUCCAACAAACGUGAAGGAAACAAAUCCUUCAGAACACAGUGGGCCCAGCUUUGGCGGCAGUGACGAGGGAACAGCCGUAGGUGCUUCUAAAUCUGGAGAGAAUAAAUCGUUUGACUUCUCCAAUAACAACGGUGGUUCGAGUCCAGAUGGGAAUGUUUGGGAUGACGGGAUGACAGUACCAACAGUGGAUAUAUGGGAAAAAGCCAAUUUACCGCAGCUUGACGACAAAGAGUCAGAGGAAUCUUCUGAGAUUAAGGUUGUGGCUGAGUGUUCCGUCGAUUACUGCAAGUUUUUAGACCCGUGUGAUCCAGGAGAGACGUGCCGGAUGGACCCAGAUUGUAAGUUCGUCCAAUGCGUCAAGAUAUCGGAGUCGAAGCAGACUGGGCCUGAGACCAAGGAAGAGACAGUUUCUGGCGAUACGUCUAUAGCAGAGCAGAUGACAAGUGAACCUCUGAGGCCGUUGGAAGAAAGAACAUGCGGAAAUGGCACUCUGUUCAAGGGAAGCGAAGAUCCUGGCCGGUGGUCUGACAGCUGCCCUGGUCAUCGUGGUGGCCAUAGCGGUGGCGCUUCCGGUGCUGCUGUGGAGGCUGCGGGUCGUCUUCAUCAUGAAGGUCGUCAACAUCUUCAAAGAUUACGAGGAUGAUGAUGGAAAAGUGUACGAUGCUUAUGUGUCCAUGAGCCCAACACCUGAGGCGGAAAAGUUUGUGUAUAGCUUGCUGCGACCUCGGCUGGAAGACGUAGGGUUCAAGUUAUAUCUGCAAGCCAGGGAUCAACCAGCUGGGGAAGCAAUCAGUGAAACCAUAUUAGACGCUGUGACACAAAGUCGAAGGACAAUCUUGAUCAUCAACCCUGACUAUGUAGAGAGAGAGUGGAGCAGAUUUGAGUUCCUCAUUGCUCAACACGAGACACUGAAAUUAAAGCAAAGAAUAAUCCCUAUCAUUUUGAAAGACCUGUGUGAGGAAGCCAGAAAGAAAGACAAAACUCUAAAGCACAUUAUGGAAUCUGUCAAAUGUCUGCAAUAUCCUCAUCUGAAAUCUGAGAACUCAUCAACAAGUCCCCAAAGUGUUUCAAGAGAACAGCACUCACAAGUUGAUGUUUUAAAAAAGGAAAAGAAAUUCAAAAAGAAAGAAUGUAAGUUCUGGGAGAGAUUGGAACUUACCAUGCCAAAAAAGAGAAAGUCCUCUGAAAAAAAACUGAGUUUUCUUGAGAAACUGAAGAUGUGCAAGAAAUCAAGGGACAAAGAACAGAGUGCCUCUGAACACAGCACAAAGUCAUCAAAAGCCAAAGUGUUAGAAAACAAAAAGAAGGCGGACGAGCUAGAGGCAGAGUUUACUAACCCAAACAUUUUGGGGCUGGCAUACAAAAACAUAUUGAAUGCACAUGUUGUAGAUAUGGUUGACUUGAAAGAUCCGCUGUCAAAAGACAAAGUUGGAGUUGAAAAAAGUAUUGAAAUUGGCCAUACAAAUUUAGCAGCUGAUGAUGUAAGUGUUGAAAUCCAAUUGUAAGCAUGGGGCUUUAUAGUUUGAUAUAGUAGGGUAGGCUUUGUCAAAGUAUCACGAACACCCUUUUUAAAAACGAAAGAUAAUUGUCAAAACGGAGGAUCUCGGAUUUAGUUGGAGGAAAACCUCUAAAACUUAAAGUCAAGGUAAAUAGUUAUUCGAUAGUCAAACCAGAGUUAUCCAUACUCCAUACUUUAUUGAACUAAUAUCAUGCUCAUGGCAGGGAUGGGUAUUGAGGGUAGACUUUUUACAUGCAAUUUGUACCUUUUCCUGUGACUCAAAUUCCAUACUAUACUCGCUACCAUAUUAUAAGCACUCUCUUACAGUCUGAAGUGUAAUUGUUGAACUCAUCGCCUAGCACCCAAAGGAUGGGUUCGAUCCCCCCCUUCUGAAAGAUAAUUGAUAGAGUGUCACAGCCUUUCUGCUGUGAUGAAUUAUGAACCCCAUAAAUACUGCCUUUUUGGUCUAGCCUCACUUUGUAAAACGGAUGGCCACCUAAAUGAUGUAAAUGUAAAUUUUGUCAAUGAAAGCAUAAAACAUUAACCACAGAGAUGACGAUUAGUUGUUUAAGUCCCACCCAUAUUUCUUUGUUAAAUUUAUAAGAGUAUAAAUCAUUGAAUCCAGGCUUUAAAAACAUGUGCACUGUAUGUGUUCCAGAAUGAUUAUCCUAAGACUGCCUCAGUGUUGAUUUCUGUAUACAUGUAUGUACAUAUUGUAUCAUAAAUAUUUGCUACAGCUAAUGUAGUUCUUAUUGCUUUUGAAUGCAACGGAAUGAAGUCUACUUGAACACUCCAAGUCUAUUUUUAUUUAAGUCGUGAAUGCAUGAAAAUUGUUUAUUUUAAUUUUUAUCGCAAUUUUUUUUUUUUUUUUAAAUACUCCCCUAUUUAGGCCUAUAUAACCUAUGGCUAGAGAAAAAAAUUAACAUUUGAGAUUACUUCUUUUUUUAAACUGGUUUUGUGCCCGGGAUGGGAAGGGGUUUGAUUAUUUAUUUCUUUUUUUUUUACUCCAUAUUGUUUACAAAGGAGAAGACUCUGAUGGUGUUGUUACCUGCAGCUUAGGAGUUUUAGGUUUCAAUACAAAGUGUGAAUUGCUUUUCUUAAGCUACUUCAAACAUAUUUCCAACUUGCACAGUGUUCAAGUAAAGGGGCCAUGAUUGCUUCCACUUCAGAAAUGACUUAAGUCGUAUCUAGUAGAGCAUUACGCCUCAGGAACAAAAGCAACAAAAAGAGAUGGUAACAACAGAGUAAGAUUCCAGCUGUUAAUAUGGGUUCAUAACAGUGUGUUCAUCAGUUCAGUUCUUUCUUUUUCUUAAUUUGCAAGUUAAAAUAAAUGUAUGGAUAGCUUUUCAAUUUUAAUUUGAUGCCAAUUCUGGCAGCUGUAAAUUCUUUGCCAUAUCGACGGGCCGAAAGGUUAGAACCAAGGUGGCUUCUGGAUCGGAAAAGUAAAGUAAAAGUGCCUAUUCAGUUGUAGGUCUACCAUGCUAUGGCAGUCUACCUUAUGUCCCACCUGACUGACCACAGACUACAUGUACUGCUAUCUAGCAUGGCAUAAGUCCUGCCUCAUUGGUCAUGGACACGACAGUGCUGGGGUAUUUAUAUCAAAUGCAGCUGUGUCUUCAAUUGCUGUGUGUAGUUGGGUCAAUUGCUUCACAGAUCAAAUAAUUGUGCGGUGAUAUAGAUUGUGAUUGACAAUAAUAAGUCAUGGAAGCAAGUGACCUGACAGGACUGUGUUCUCUUGUAAGUGAAAUGAUCCAUCGGAGACAAGAGUUUCGUUGUUGCAGGAGACACAAUAUACAUUUUAUAUUACUCUGAGUGAGAUUUCUAAAAUUAACCACUGUGAUUUCUGUAAUUAUAAUUCAUAAUGUUGAAAUUUCUGUUUCUGUGCCAGCUUGAUCCAGUUCUCUUUUGUUAAAGAAUGAUUUCCUGUUGUACUGAAUCAAAAUUACUGUGUUUUUUUUAAUAAAAAUGUAAAAAUAUGUGUUUUAUUUUUAUAUGUCACUGUUUCAAACUGUUAUUUUCCAAAGUUUUACAGUUUAAUAAUAAAACUGACAUGUUGAGCAAUUAAUGAUAUUUUGUCAGAUAUA